GGAUGGGGGGGUUCCCGUGGGAAGGGGAGGAGGAAAUCACCCGCCAGGGAGGGGGACACAAAGGCAAACGCUGCGCGGCGGCGGGGCAGCCUCGGCGGGACGGACGGCUGCCGGUGGCCCCACGGGGGGUCACGGGGGUCUCGUGCUGACUCAGCAGCCGGGAAAGCCUCCGGAGGAAGGAAGCAGCCGGUGGAGAGGCCGGGCUGCGGUGUGGGGGCGGCAGGACAAGCGGCCUCCGCUCCCAGCACCGCUUAUCCAAGGCUGAGCCUUUCCCGGCUGCCCAGCCCUGGAGCCAGCGCUCCAAAUCCCCGGGGAAACUGAGGCACGAGGGCUGCAGAGCUCCUCGCCUCCAAUCCCAAAAACCAUCAUGAAGUCAAAUAAUCUUUAGGAAGAGGGCGGGAGGGUGGAGGUGGCGCUGAGCCUGGACACACCGUCCUGUCCCCGGGGGCUCCGGCGGGCGCCGCUCCUUGUGCCACGGCCGCCGCCGGUUCCGGUGGGAUCCGGUCCUGCCACUGGCGGCUCUGCUGCCCUUUCUCCCCGGAUUGUUUUCAUCCCAGCCUGGAUUGGGGCAGGCCCUGCCGGAGGCACAUUGAACUUUCCUCUGCAUCCUUCACCCUCUUGCUUCACCCUCCCGAAAUAGCAGCGCCGGCCUGGAAGCCUCUCCGAGGGCUGGCGGAGCCCCCGGGGUGCCCGAAAUCUCCCGGGGCUUUUCCCCAUCCCCAGGGAUGAAUGGGGUGAUUGUGGGGUGCCCAUCCCAACUCCAGGGUCGCGGCCACCCCCGUUGGGGCAGGGACCACCAAACCCUGCCGGUGCCCCAAGCUGGGGCUGCCCUGUUCCCCGGCCCUCUGCAGAAAGGGUUUUUUUUGGGGUUUCUCUGAGGUUUUCCGGGCCCUGCUGCCCUGCCAAGGCUCCGGCUUUAUCCAUCAGCUGACAUUCCUGCGGGAGGCCCCUCCAGGCCGGUUAUCGGUGGGGCCGCCUGUGGAGAGCCACUCCCGCUCCCACCCCAGAGCCCACCGGAGGUGGAAGAUCCCUUGUGGGUGACACAGACCCCGCUGCUCCGUCCCUUGUCCCCUGAGGGUCUCUCCUGAUGUGCAGCAGGGCCGGGCUGAGACCCCCAGACUCAUCACACCGAUGGCCAGGGUCCCUGGAUGCCACGGUGCAGGAUGGGCACCCCGGCCGUGCUGCUGGCCCUGCUCCCCACGGCCACCGCACAGCCCACGCCCCCCCCGGGCUGCGGCCACCACCUCUCCUCCCUCUACUACAACCUCUGUGACCUCUCGGCGGGCUGGGGCAUCGGGGUGGAAGCAGUGGCCAGCCUCGGCGUGGUGACCACCUUCGUGCUCACCAUCGUCCUGGUGGCCAGCCUGCCCUUCGUGCAGGACCACCAGAAGAAGAGCCUGGUGGCCACGCAGGUCUUCUUCCUUGUGGGCACCUUCGGGCUCUUCUGCCUGACCUUCGACUUCAUCGUGGGGCCGGAUUUCUCCACCUGCACCUCGCGCCGCUUCCUCUUCGGCGUCCUCUUCGGCAUCUGCUUCUCCUGCCUGCUGGCGCACGCCGUGGCCCUCAACUUCCUGGCGCGGCGGAACCGGGCGCCGCGGGGCUGGGUGACGCUGGCGCUGGCCCUGUCCCUCGCCUCGGUCGAGGUCAUCAUCAACAGCGAGUGGCUCAUCAUCACGGUGGCUCGGGGAGAGGGUGGCCCUGCAGACCCCUGCCAGCUGGCGGACGCUGACUUUGUCAUGGCCCUCAUCUACGUCAUGGCUCUGCUGGUGGCCGCUUUUGGCACGGCCUGGGGGACACUCUGUGGCCGCUACGGCCGCUGGCGCAAGCACGGCGCCUUCAUCCUGGCCACCACCGGCCUGUCCGCGGCCAUCUGGCUGGCGUGGACCAUCAUGUACUUGUAUGGGAACCAGCGUGCCGGCCACAAGCCCGGCUGGGAUGACCCCACGCUGGCCAUCGCGCUGGUCUGCAACGCCGCCGCCUUCCUGCUGCUCUACGUCAUCCCCGAGGUGACACACGUGACGCGGCGCAGCCCCGAGCAGGCCUUCGAGGACGAUGGCUACCCCACACGUGGGGUGGGCUACGAGACCAUCCUCAAGGAGCAGAAGUCGCAGAGCAUGUUCGUGGAGAACAAGGCGUUCUCCAUGGAUGAGCCGUCCUUUGCCAAGAAGCCGGUGUCUCCAUACAGUGGCUACAACGGGCAGCUGCUGACCAGCGUCUACCAGCCCACCGAGAUGGCUCUGAUGCAUAAAGGGACGAGCGAAGGUCCCUACGACGUGAUCCUGCCCCGUGCCUCCACCAGCCCCAUGCCCGGCAGUGCCAGCUCCACGCUCCGAGCCGAGGACGCCUUCGCGGCGCAGUCCCGGCACUGCAGCAUCCCGAGGGACACCCGCAGCUGCCAGGUGCAGUCCCCGUACAGCAGGAACCGGUGGUGAAGCCCCCGUGACGCAGCUCCCGCAGCGCCAGCACAGCCACGGCCCCUCCGUCCCGCUCCCCAGGGCUCGCCGAGCCUCAUCCCGCCCUGACGAGUGAAUCCCACCCUGGCUGGCAGCCAGAGCUGGUUCCUGCCCGUGGCAUUCCUGGACGCAGCCCCAGAGCCAGCGCUCCCACCUGCCUGUCCCACCUGGCCAUGGACCCCCACAUCCCCUCCUCAAGGACUGGCUCCUGUGGGGACACCCCCUGUUGUCGCCUCGCUGCCUUUGUGAUGCACAGACACCCCAACUUCCCCGGGCCGUGGACCCUGCGAAGCUGGGGAGCCCCUGGGACCCUCAGCACCGAGCCCCCGGCCCCACUCUGACCCCCUGCAGCCCUGGGGACCCCGAGCUGAGCUGGCCCCAGGCCACUGCAGGGCACAAGGGGACACGAAGCUGUCCCCAGCUCUGCCUCCUUCUGUCCUGUUUUCCCAAUUCUGGGCAGGGUGUCUGCUGUGGGUUCAGGGCAUCAGUGCCUUGCUGGGGCUGGGGACCAGCCCCCCACAGCCCUGGCAACCUUCUCGGUGCCUUCCCCCCUCGGGGCUCGGGGACCCCUGCAGGGAGUGGGGAGGGAGCUGGGCCCCUCACCCUCCUUGUGGCUUUCUCUGUCAAAUUUCCUUUUUUUCAGGUCACCCCAAUAAAGGUGGUUUUUCCUA